AUUGUAGAUGCAGAGAAGAAAGAAGGGCGAGUGUUGGGAAAGAAAAGAUAGACAGCUGUCGUUUCAUUUUCAGCUGAUUUUUGUGUACGCUAGUGUCGUCGCUAGUGCAAUCUGUUUAUAGAUCAACCAUUAUAGCGUUUCGUAACGGUACGGUGCUCCUUAAUCAUAACUUCGGAAGGUAUAGAAAACUGCGACAGAACAAGGUGCAUUUGGGAAACGAUUGGCACAUCAUACCGAACAAAGGAAGAUGGUUCAUUGAGCGCGGGUGGUGCGUAGCAGGCUGCCGUGACGUCACGCGGCCGCGACGACGAGGCCGAUGCGGCGGGCGCGCUCGUGAUCUCAGCGCUCCGGGCUGCACGGACGCGAGAGACACGGGCGGCGCGAGCUGCGCGGAAGGCUCGGGGAGGCAGUCUGGCCUCCAGUGACUCGGGCGACGAGGGCGCCGGGCAUCGGCCUCCGCGCAAGCGGACUCGCAGGCUGUCGCCUCCGGCCCGGCCCGCAGCCAUGCACCAGCCCUGCUCCAACGGGGCUCCGCCCCUCCACCUCAAUGGUGAUGCCCCCGCGCGCAACGGAGACCUACAGCCGCUCGGCCUUCGCAUGAACCAAACAGAUCAGGAGAUUGUGCGCCUCAUUGGGCAGCAUCUGGUCUCCAUUGGACUUGAACGGAGCGCCGCGCUUCUCAUGGAGGAGUCGGGGCUGCAUUUGGAGCACCCAGCGGCGGCCACGUUCCGGCAGCACGUGUUGGCUGGCGAUUGGACGAAGGCCGACCACGAUCUGCGGGCGCUACACGAUCUGCUCAGAGACUCGCCACAUGUCAACGCACAGAGCAGAGCUGAGAUGAAGUUCGUGGUGCUAGAGCAGAAAUACCUGGAGCACCUGGAAGCCGGGCGCGUGCUGGACGCGCUGCACGUGCUGCGCAACGAGCUGACGCCGCUGCAGCACGACACGCCGCGCGUGCACCGCCUCUCCGCGCUCAUGAUGUGCGCCGACGCGGACGAGCUGCACGCGCGCGCGCAGUGGCCCGGCGGCGGGCCCUGCUCCAGGGCCAACGUGCUGGCGCGCGUGCAGGCGGUGCUGCCCCCCGCCCUGAUGAUGUCCCCCGGGCGGCUGCGAGCGCUGCUGUCCCAGGCGGCGCAGCAGCAGACGUCCCGCUGCCGCUUCCACGCCGCGCCGCGGGACCCGCCCGCCGCCAACCCCGACCACAUCCCCUUCUCCUUGCUGUCCGACCACCAGUGCAGCGCCGACCAGUUCCCCAUACACUCUCUGCAGGUGCUGAACGAGCAUUGCGACGAGGUAUGGUACUGCAAGUGGUCUCCUGACGGGUCCAAGUUAGCUUCAGGCUCUAAAGACAACACCGUCAUGAUAUGGGAUUUUGACCCUGUCGCCAAGCGGCUUUCUUUCAGGAAAUCCCUGGAAGGGCACUCGUACGGCGUGUCGUUUCUGUCGUGGAGCCCCGACGGCCGCUACCUCAUCGCCGCGGGGCCCGAGGACUGUCCCGACCUCUGGAUUUGGAAUAUGGAGACGGAGCAGCUGCACCAGAAGAUGACGCACUCGCAGGAGGACUCGCUGACGGCGGUGGCGUGGCACGCGCACGGGGACAAGUUCGUGUGCGGCGGCGCCAGGGGACAGUUCUAUCACUGCGGCCUCGACGGCGUGGUGAUCAACAGCUGGGACGGCGUGCGCGUGAACGCGCUGGCGUGCCGCGCCGACGGGCGCGUGCUGGCGGCCGACACGCACCACCGCGUGCGCGCCUACGACUUCGCCGACCUCUCCGACCGCAACGUUAUUCAAGAAGAGCAUGCAGUAAUGGCGAUGACCCUGAACGCGGCCGACACGCUGCUGCUUCUCAACGUGGCCAACCAGGGCGUGCAUUUGUGGGACAUUCGAGCCCGCGCGCUGGUUCGUCGAUUCCGUGGAUUGAGUCAGGGCCAUUUCACCAUCCAUGCUACUUUUGGCGGCGCGCACCAAGACUUCGUGGCCUCUGGUAGUGAGGAUAACAAGGUUUACAUCUGGCAUAUCAGCGGCGAGGAGCCGAUCGCCGUGGUGGCGGGCCACACGCGCUGCGUGAACGCGGUGGCGUGGAACCCCGCGCACCACGACGUGCUGGUGUCCGCGUCCGACGACUACUCGCUGCGGCUGUGGGGCCCGCGCGACCACCAGUGCUAGUGUGAAAGAGGUUCUGGUGUGAGUCACGCAUGGAGAUAAAAAAAAAUUACGCGCGGUUUUCGAACGACUUUUAAACGCUCGGUUCUUCUUCGUAAAUAGCGCUCGGUAAUACGAAUCAAUUGGUACUCGGAACGGUCGUAGUGGGUUGACAACGAUAAUCAGUCGAUGUUUUAUUUUAAACUAUUACUUUCGAUGUGUUUUCACUACCUAGUCUUUAUUAUGCUCUCUUUUUCAAAGACGCAUAAUUGAAAAACAAUAGACUAUAUGGAAAUAAUUACAACAUCAGAAUUUUUCCUGAAUAUCUUAUCUUUUAAUUUAAAACGUUACAUAGUUAGAGGUCCUGUGUUUCGACGUGUCUUCAUUUCGCACGAUUCUCAUAUUUACGAGACCCAUAAAGUCGCAUAGUUGGCGUUAAAGAUUAGUGAUUAUAGUUGUCAACUAGACUACCAAUUUUUAUUUGUGUGACAAAUGUAUAUCUACAUACAGGAGAUUUUUUUGAACAUUUAAAGGCGAUAUCUACACGAUAUACGAUACAUGAAAAUACUAUUUCAUAUUAUAUGUACACGAUAUAGUCUCCGUUAAGUGUAAUAUCUUAUUACCUGUAUUAUUUGGCUUAGGAUAAAAUCCCGAAGUGUAAAGCGUUGAUCGAAUCGAGUAGCUAUUAAAGUAUGGAGUACCUACGAAAAGUCGAGUAGUGUGACAUGUUGCGCUAAAUAUAACAAAUGCUGAGAAAAAGACUUAUUCUUAACGAUUCUCUAUAAUGUAGUCUAUCUGUACUAAUGUAUAAAGAUCUCUUAUGAACGAAUUUCUGAAAAAUAAUUAUGGGAAUGACGCGAGCAGUCAAUUUAAAAUGCUGCUAUAUAUAAACAUGAUGCACAGCGGUACUUUGAAGCUGUAACUAAAUAAAUGCCAAUGAAUACACAUGGUUGUCCUCAAAUUUUCCAAUAUCAAUGGGAUUGGUUGGAUUGUUCGUAUGUACUUGAAGUCCUAUUGGUGUGCAUUAAUAUUUUAACAUAGUAAAUUUCGGAUUACUACUGAGUCUUGUUCUAAGUAGUUGUACCAAUUAUCUGCUACCUCUAAUCGAGAUUUAAAUCUCUACUCUCUAAUUGUGUAUUGAAAUUAAAACGUAGAGUUAUUAAGUCUAUUUAACAACUUUGGAAUUAAAUUAGAGUGUGAACGUUAAUGAUUAGCCGAUAUUGUUGAUAUUUACGGUGAGACGAUCGUUUGGGGCGCUUGCGUCUGACGAAAGCUAUAAUGCUGUCUAGCAUGAAGUAUAGGACGCAAAAAAUUAUCUUACUUUAUAUUUUCAUCGCGUCCACAUUUAACACAAACAAAUCAGUAAGGUAUACCAAUAAUGCGGAUGAUGUGUGAUUCACAAUAAAAGAAACGGAUUAUCAGUUCACACUCUUCGUAAUAUUUGCACAAUGGCAACGAGGUAGCAAAAUAAGAUAAAGGCCAUAUGACGAAAUACUAGCCCUGAAGUGAUUUACAGGCAGCCAGGACACACAUUAAGAGAGUACAGUAUUCUGAGACCAACCAGGCCAGUAAAGAAAGUUAAACCAGCGAUGUUACCUUAAAACUUGCUGCUUUUUGGCUGCCGACGACUGCAUUAUAAGGGCUGAAUAAUCUGUUAUUUAAAGUAACUAUUUAUAAAAACUCGUUUCGUCGAUCGAUCAAUUUUAUCGAAAGAUAUUCGUAGGAUCGCUAAUUUAAUGCGAACUUGUUGGUUGAGGUUUUUGGCGUAGAAUUCAUGUUUGAGAUGUGAAUCAUCGAUCCCUUAAUCAAAAAUACUAUGCCUGCCGCGAGCUCUUAUAGGCCAAGUCUUUGUAAACACUAUAUAUAUAUAAAUAUGUUUGUGUAUAUAUGUAUAUAUAUAUAAGUUACUGGGCGACUCAUCAUUACUUUAGUUAUAUAUAACUAGUGGGUGAAGCACAGCUUAAGGGUUGUCUUAUUUGCUGUGCUUCACCCACUUGUUAAUAACUAAAUUCCGACUAUAAGAGCUCAUAGUAGGGAAACAGAGUGUGGCGGGCGCCGCAGGGUAGGUUGUAAGGCUGAUUGUAGCUGUAGGGAUAAGGAAUUCUUGUAAUAAUAUCACAUUUUUAAACAAUGAGUUAAGACUUACCAUUCAAUAUUCGACUGCUCUCAAUGUGCAAUGUCAUAUUUGUUUAGAUGUUAUAUGAUUUAUAGAAAUAAUUUCAAUUUAUAUCUAAAUUAUUUAAGUAUUCAAUCAUUAAUUGCGGGUAAAAUGUUGCAUAGGGUUUAAUAUUAAAAAAAAAAGGAUGUGACGGUGAAGAGAUUUUAGUAGGUAUAUUAAACUCUAGUUUUAUUGUUGAUAGAGAUUCUUUUGUCGUUUAAUGGUGAUACAAUUCGAGCUUCAGCAUUUAUUGAAAUACGAGAAACACUGAAUUUACUUAUAAGAUUUAUUUUUAAAUAAAUAUUUAAAUAUUAUGACAAUAACAGAAAUUUUCACGUGCAGGUCUUGUGGAAUUAUUACUAUCCUUGCUUUAUUUCUCCUAAACUAAUCUUAGUCGAUUGGAUAACCAAAGAAAUUAAUUAGUUGUUUAUUUAGCAUUACAGCACUAUAAUAGGUUCAAUUUAACAAACCAUUGCAGUAAUUUUUUUAUGAUAAGUUAUCAAUUGGUUGUUCUAAUAUUACAUCAGCUUUUGCUAUUUUUAUACUUCUAACGAACGUUAAUUAUUUAGUAACUACUGUUUAUUUUAGACAUAUUUCUUGAAAGUAAGUUAUUGCUUUAACAUUAAAUUUUGGACAAGAAUUUUGAUAGUUCGAAUUGGAUCACUCUUUAAUUUAACAGUACCUAGGAGUGGAAGAGUAUAUGUUGGGGACGCGGCGCCCGCGCAUAAUUAGUGUUAAAGUAGCUCCUUAACUUAAUUAAGACUUAAUAUAGCGAGCUCAAGAUGUAGCAAUGCUCGCAGCUCUAUUUUUGUACCAACACUGAAUCUCGCACGAGGUUAUCCACAUGUAUUUAAGUACUGUAGUAUUCAGCUCAAUAAGUGUGUUUGGUGUGGCUUAUUCAAACACUCCACUUACAAAUUGAUAAAAUAAUUAUUGGUCUAUCAAUAUCAAGACUGCGCGACGCUUAGGCACUUUAAAACGCCGUGAUAAACUUUUGUUAAAUUUUAUACAUUCGGCCAAUUGCACAAUCUUAUACCAUCAAAGCGGCUGCGAGCGCACGACAGUCCCGCAACCUAAAAUGCUAUCUCGCGAGCAAUAUAUGUAUUUGUUUAAUAUUUUUUUCUCAAAUAUUUUUAUCAACAGAGAAUGGCAGAUUGUACUAUAUUAAGGAUAAAUUACAAUGAAUUUUUAUUCUAUUGUUUGGCAUAUUUUAGAUACUUUUUAUAUUGAUUGAACUUCAUAUUGCUUUACUAAAAAUAUGGGAAAUAUGAAGUAGAAAUGUCAACUUCCUAAUAUAAAUGGAGUAAAUUUCUCAAAAAAGGACUAAUAUAAACAUACGUCUUGUAAUAUAUGCGAGCGAGAAAGCAGUCAUACUUCAUAAUCUGUCCAGAGAGGCCGCACAAACACAUUUCGUCGAAAGGGACACUAAGCCCAUUUGGUUGCUAGUGCAGCCCGUUUAAUCAUAUUAUCACGCCAUCAAUUAAUUAUGUGCAGAUAAAUGAUAUUUUGGAUAAUUUUAAUUUUUGAUCAUUUAUAUUUUUUUUGAAGUACUUACUGGUUAAUUUGUAGGCGCACCCCGACUCGCCCGGCGGCCUCCAUACCAAUGUCUAGCAAUAAUGUCGUGUGUCUGACGUGUGUGCGUGUAGCAAGUACAAAUGAGCAUUCGAUAAUACUAAAGUAAUGUACCAAUAACUAUAGUGUAACGGUGGAGAGGGGAUAAUAAACCCCGGUUUAAAAUUGUUAAUAAUAAAUAAUAUUAUAUCAAUAAAUUUUUUAUUGUAA